AUGCCAGAUGCAGCGGUUGGUGAUGUAUGGGAAGUGCCGUCUCAUAUCGAUGAGAUGCUUCUUUUUGGGCCCCAGGAUUCCCAUCUACGCCUUCUGGAGGAGCUCUGUCAUGUUCGAAUUUUGCAUGUAGGGCAUCGCACCGUGGAGAUAGAGGGAGAAUCUACCCCGGUUCGGACCGUAGUCCAUGUUCUGAAUACGUUAUCACGUGAUGUCGAACUCAACACACGGGAAUCCGUGUCCCAAGAUCACGUGAUUCAUCUGUUGCAGAAAACACAAUCCCCAGAUCCCGUAGAUGGGAAUAUCGAUACACUCUACUUCUCGCGCAUCUCCCGAGACGUGGUCGCCCGCACCGAAGCCCAAAAACGCUACAUGCAUGCCAUGCUGGAAACCGACCUGUGCUUGGCGUACGGAGCGGCCGGCACGGGCAAGACCUAUUUAGCCAUUGCGACGGCCCUAUGGUUACUGGAAAAGAAGCGGGUAAAAAAGAUUAUACUCACCCGACCGGUGGUAGAGGCUGGCGAGAAUCUCGGUUUUUUACCCGGGGAUGUCGAAGAGAAAAUAAGCCCAUACAUGCGGGCCAUGUUUGACGCUAUUUUGGAUUUUAUAUCACCAACCAACCUGCAGCAGUGGCAAGAGAAAAAUAUCAUUGAAAUUGCGCCUCUGGCUUACAUGCGAGGCCGUACCAUUCAACAUGCGUGCAUUAUCCUCGACGAGGCUCAGAAUGCUACGAUUCCGCAGAUGAAGAUGUUUCUUACUCGCAUGGGUCUUGGGGCUCGCGUGGUUGUUACCGGUGACCCAAGCCAGAUAGAUCUUCCUAGAAGUGCGCCGUCUGGGUUUCUUUUUGCAAAGAAAGUAUUGGAGCAUAUCCCGAACGUAUCCAUGGUACAUUUUAAUCGGCAUGAUUCGGUCCGUCAUCCGCUCGUUGCAUCUAUCAUCCAAUCUUUUGAGUCUCAUGGUGCCUAA